UUGACUUGCCGGAUCUGGUGUCUCCAACAAACUCCGGCGGUGUAAAACCCUAAAUCCCCUCCUUAAUUUUUCACCGCCGACCAAAGGGAAUAAAGGUGUUCCAUCUCGACCGCGAAAACACUCUCUCUGUUUCUCUCUUCUCCGAUGUCACCAACUCCAAGGAGCUGUUGAAUUCGAUGGUAGAUGGAAGUCUGAAGCUGGAGGUCUCCUUUCUCAAUGCAUUACUCAUACCAGACAUGUUCCCUCUCUUAUCUGCUGCUCAGAAAGCACUUGUCUCCAAAUCACGCGAUUCCUUAUCAACCCGAACUCUUCAUUCUGAGCUUGUCUACGACUACUCUGGCUCUAAACAUAUUAGAGAAUCAUUGAACCGAUGUGGGAUAUCUGAAAGCUCUACUUACAUUCUAGCUGCCCGGUUCAAUGCUUCUCCCCUUGAGAUGGAGGAGGUAGCGAAGUUGAUCAGCGGGAAGGAAAUUGACUUGGAGGAAUUGAAGACGAAAGCCAAUCAAGCCAAUAUUUUAAAGCAUUACAAGAUAACUAGCCAAGAACUUGGGAUAUCCUCUCUCGGAGAUGCCAUUGUUUCCAGGAUCGCUGCACGCGACGCUUUGUAAAAGAAGACAACAUCUUUCUUUCUUUGUGUUCUUUCCUUUGCCAC